AUGGAGUAUGUUAUUUUUUUGGAAUUUUUAAAAAUUUCAAACUUUUAUUUAAAAUUUAAAUUUCAUUUUUUUUUGAAAAUACCGGUCGAGUAGACAUGAGGUACGAGCCGGGUCUACCAUCGGGCCGGACCUGACCCAAAUUUAGGUCGGGAGUUUGAGUUUGUGACGGGUCAAGUCUUAUUUUGAACAUUUAAAUUCAUUUUUUGAACUUUCAGAGAUCUGACCCUACAAGCCAAGCCCACCUGGUUGUUCGGUCUGCCUUUCGAGAACAAGGACGAUGAUGUUGACUACGAGUUUAUUUCUUUACCAGUUCUUUUGCUUUUGUAGGUCAUAUUCAAUGUCAUAUAACUCUGUAUGUCAUGCAUAAUUUGAUUUUAACUCUUGUAUCAUGGAUAAUAUAAUUUGCACUUGUGUUUAAUGUGUAAUAUAAUGUAAACCUUUAUUCAUGGAUAAUAUAUUGAAUCCUGCGGUUUAGCCAGUAGCAUAAUAUAAAUCUGUAUGUCAUGGAUAACAUAAUGAAAAGCAAUUUUAGACAAUUGAUCUUUUUCGUCGUUCUGAUCUUAUUCGUCACGUUGAAGGUGGGAAUCACGAUUCAUAGAGUAAGUCAAGCUUUUUUAGAACUUUUCAUGUUUUAGGACGUUUAUAUAACAAAAAUCGAAGUUACAAUUGACUAUCAUAUCUAAAAAAGCUUUUAAAAAGAGAAUUGAUCCAUUAAUUUCAGCGCCGAAUGCUCCGUAGCAUGAAUCAGAAGAUCGACAAGGAGAACUUCCGCCUCUUGGACCAUGCCCAUUCGAUAGAUCGUCGUACCGUGAUUAUAAAGCAGCUGAUGGUGAAGCAAAUCAAGGCUUACACCCACGGGAACCGCCAGAAGCUGACCAAUCACCGCAAUCACUUUGCCAAUGUUUAUUCGUACGAAGUUAUAGCUAAUGCUCAGUAA